UCGCAGCCCCUCCUUCGGAUUAUGAAUCCCUUCAUUUUCCACGUGGUCUAGAUCCUAGUGUGACCACGUGGACUAAAAAGUGUUCUAUCUACAUUUGUAAACGUUGUCUGAAAGAGAUGAAUUAAUAUGGAAGAUAAGGUGGAAACGUUAUCAGAUCUAGAGUUAAUCAUAUCCUGCUCUGGACAGAAACAGCAACAUGAAAGGGAAAGACGACUUAUAUUAACCAAAGACGAUGUAAACGAGUUCCCAGAGUGUGUCCAGCAGUUGCUGUGUGAUCUCUCAGUGGUAGUGGAGAGUGCGGAUUCGUGUGUUGUAUUGGAGGGGCCUAGUGGAUGCGGCAAGACGACGCUGAUACAGGCACUUGCACAGCUGCAGCAACACGAGCUAAUGGUUGUUCAUUUAGGAGAGCAGAUUGACUCCAAGGUUCUUCUCGGUACAUUCACCUCUACCUCGUAUCCUGGGGAGUUUGUGUGGAAGCCCGGUCCUUUAACUAAGGCUGUUGAAAGUGGCCUGUGGCUGUUGAUGGAAGACAUUGAUCUGGCUACGCCUGAUGUGCUUGGUCUCUUGCUGCCGCUCAUCAAAACUAGGGAGUUAAUGAUUCCUGGGUACACACGACCUAUCAUAGCAGCUCCAGGCUUCAAGUUGUUGCUCACUCAAAGAACAUUUCGUGAUGGAUCUCCCUUGUUGUCUUCGUCAUUUGCUCUGCUGCACCUGCUGAGUCAGCAUUCCACAAUUUUCAAAGUAUCUCCGAUUUCAAGCAUAUCUGUUGGACAAAUACUUGCAGCAAAGCACCCCGACCUCUCUCAGUUUAUUGUGACACUCCUCUCUGCUGUAGAAGGAAUGAAUGUUCAUAUCAGGCAGCUGUUGAAAGUUUGCGAUCGAGUGUCCCCGCAAGUAUACAAUGGUAGAAUAACCUCAGUGGAAGACUUCAUGCUGGAGGUUAUUGACUGCUUGUGUGGUUCCUUGAGUCUUCCAGAUAAGGAAGUAUUAGCUGUACAAUUUGGUUCUCUAGUGGGGGGAAUCAGCAAAGAAAAAAUCGAGCAACUGUGUAGAAGUCACAGACCAUCUGUUCAGAGGUCACCAACCACUCUUUCUGUGGGGAGGGCUAACAUAAUCAGAUUGACUCCUUUCAAUCCAGAAUUAUGCUUUGCCCACACAUCAUCAUCCCUUCGCCUCCUGGAAAGUGUAUGCAGGUGUGUACAGAUGAAUGAACCGGUAUUGUUGGUAGGAGAAACUGGGGUAGGAAAGACAGCUGUUGUCAACUAUCUUUCCAAAGUGACAGAUAAUCGAUUGGUGGUGUUUAACAUGAGUGAGCAAACUGAGAGCACUGACUUGUUAGGAGGGUUCAAACCACUCCAGCUGUCUCACCUGCUAGAUCCUGUGAAGGCGGAGUUCGAGACUUUGUUUCAUGCAACAUUUUCGUUAAAACAGAAUGGCCCGUUUCUCUCAAGCCUGCAGGAAACAUACAGUAAACAAAAUUGGAAAAAACUUUUGAAACUGAUGUCACACUCUGUGGAAUCAGCUCUCAGCAGUGGUGGGAGUUUUAUCUCAGAAUGGAAGAAGAUGGCUAAGACUUUGGGUAAAUUUCAGAAACAACUCGCCAGUUCCCGUUCUACCUUUGCCUUUGACUUUGUGGAGGGUGCACUCGUUGAGGCUGUCAGAAGUGGCUCCUGGAUCCUUCUGGAUGAGGUUAACCUAGCUUCGUCUGAGACUCUACAGUGCCUGAGUGGACUGUUAGAGUGUGCAAAUGGUUCCUUUCUUUUACCUGAAAAACUAGAAGCGGGUGUUGUGAAGCGUCAUCCAAACUUUCGUCUUUUCUGCUGCAUGAAUCCAGCCACAGAUUUUGGGAAAAAGUCACUGCCCUACAGUGUACGCAAUAGACUGACUGAGUUCUAUGUGGAUGAAGUUCAGGACUCGUCUGAUCUUAGGCUCUUAGUGCACACAUACCUGCAGAGCGUGUCUCCUCCGUCAAAACUUGUGGAGGGCAUCAUUAAACUUCAUCUCAGUAUGAAAAAACUUGCUGAAAGCAGGUUGCAAGAUGGCACCGGUCGGAAGCCCAAUUACAGUUUGCGAAAUCUUUGUAGAGCUCUCACCUAUUGUCGUCAGAUGUUCUGCGGUAGUCUGCUGAGAUCAGCCUAUGAGGGCUUUUGCAUGAGCUUUCUCUCAGAAGUGCGAGGUGACUACCAUCCACUCAUCAUGUCACUGAUUAGUCAUACAUUAUCGGUGUCCAAGACGUGCAUCUCUGCUCCUAUUCCUCCCCCAAAUACUCGUGGCUACAUUCAAGUGGAAGGGUUUUGGUUGUAUAAAGGUUCAAUGCAGGCAUCCGUUCCAGAAGAGUAUGUACUUACAGAAAGUGUCAGGAAGAACAUCAAAAAUAUGGCUAGAGUUGUAUCUGCCAGGUCACUGCCUGUGUUGCUUCAAGGUCCCACAUCCGCUGGCAAAACCAGCAUGGUUCAGUACCUUGCCCGAACUCUGGGCCACAAGUGUGUAAGAAUCAAUAAUCAUGAGCAUACAGACUUGCAGGAAUAUGUGGGCAUGUACACUGCCAACAGUCAGGGACAGCUCGUUUUCCAGGAGGGUGUGUUGGUUGAUGCCAUGAGACAUGGCUACUGGAUAAUUCUCGAUGAGCUGAAUCUUGCACCUACUGAAGUGCUCGAGGCACUGAACCGAGUACUUGAUGAUAACCGGGAGUUGUUUAUCCCAGAAACACAGGAGCUUGUCCAGGCUCACCCCAACUUUUUGCUCUUUGGCACUCAGAACCCCCCUGGGAUAUAUGCUGGCAGAAAGGUGUUGUCAAGAGCUUUUAGAAACAGGUUUAUAGAGCUGCACAUUGAAGACAUUCCUCCAGAUGAGCUGGUCACAAUCUUGCAUCAACGCUGCUCAUUACCGACCUCAUAUGCCAAAAAAAUGGUGGAUGUUAUGAAAGAAUUACAGAUGGUUCGAUCUGAGUCGGGAAUAUUUCAUGGCAAGCAUGGUCUUAUAACAUUGCGGGACUUGUUCAGAUGGGCGGAGAGGUAUCGUAGAUCUAAAGUCACUAACAAGUUCUAUGAUUGGGAGCAGCAGUUAGCUGAAGACGGAUACAUGCUGCUUGGAGGACGUCUGAGAACUGUAGAUGAGCAGACAACUAUUUUGGAAGUUGUCCAGAAACAUUUCAAGAGAACAGUAGACCGAUUGAAGCUGUUCGGCUUGGAUGAAGGGUGUGGUAGUUUGGCUAGUGCAGAGACCCUUGCUCUCCUCCACUCAACCUUGCCUGAAGACUUUCAGCAUCUGGUGUGGACUGACGAACUGCAGAGCAUGGCUGUGUUAGUUCACCGUGCUCUCUGCUUUGAUGAGCCUGUACUUAUGGUGGGAGCCACAGGAUGUGGAAAAACAUCUCUCUGUCAGCUACUUAGUGCUUUGCUUGGUCGCCAGCUCUUCUCUGUCAACUGUCACUUGCAUACUGAUGCUUCAGACUUUCUUGGUGGUCUCAGACCUGUAAGGAGCAAACAUACUGAAGAGAGAGAGUCAGGUAAUCCAGGACUGUUUCAGUGGAGUGAUGGUGUCGUAAUUCAAGCAAUGAGAAGUGGUGGGUGCCUGAUGAUUGAUGAAAUCUCUCUUGCUGGAGAUGCAGUGCUCGAAAGGCUCAACUCCAUUCUGGAGCCAGAGAGGAAACUGCUUGUGAGUGAGAGAACCCGUUAUGAAGGUGAAGUAUACGAAAUAUCUGCUAGCCGUGGCUUUGCCGUCCUAGCCACCAUGAAUCCUGGAGGAGAUUAUGGCAAGAAAGAGCUCUCUCCAGCACUGAGAAACAGAAUGGUGGAGAUAUGGUGUCCAGUUGCUGAUUCUAGGAAGAGUUACCAGUUAAUUGUGAAACACAACCUACUCUCACAUUUCUUGAAUGAUGCUGUUCCUUGGAGUGAUCUUAUUUGUGAAGUAGUGGAGCAUCUGAGAGAUUUUUCAAGAGUGGCAGUUAGUGUUCGGGAUUUACUCACGUGGGUCACGUUUAUGAACAAAACUAGUGGCUACCUUUCACCACCUCAAGGAUUCUAUCAUGGAGCACAUCUAGUCUUUGUGGAUGCCCUAGGCUGUGGCAGCUCUCUAGGUGCUGCCGACCUUAAGAAAGACGCUCUUGACUACCUAUUGUCCAUACUCCAGCAGUGGUCGUGUGUGUUGAGUGAGGUGGAUUGUACUAAAGUUGUAACCAGUGAUGAUAAACUGUUUGGUGUAUCACCUUUCUAUAUUGAAAUAGGCGCGGAAACUUCCAGUCCACUGUGUGACUACUCCCUUUCCGCUCCUGGCCCUUCUGAGAACUUGUUUCGGCUAUUACGUGCCAUGCAGCUGGGUAAACCGUUAUUGUUGGAGGGACCACCAGGAGUGGGGAAGACAAGUCUUGUCACCUCUUUAGCUACUGCCAGUGGUCACAGGAUUGUGCGAAUCAACUUGUCAGAGCAAACAGACAUCAGUGAUCUGUUUGGAACUGACCUACCAGUAGAAGGUGGUGAGAGUGUUCAGUUUGCGUGGCGUGACGGUCCUUUCUUAAAGGCUUUGAGAAGAGGAGACUGGAUUGUCUUGGAUGAGAUGAACUUAGCGUCACAGUCUGUCUUGGAGGGUCUGAAUGCUUGCCUCGAUCACAGGGGUGAAGUAUUCAUUCCUGAACUGGGGAUGCACUUUGUGGUCAAGAAGUCAAGCCGAAUAUUUGCCUGUCAGAAUCCACUCCACCAAGGAGGUGGCAGAAAGGGCCUUCCCAAGUCUUUUACCAACAGAUUUACGCAAGUGUAUAUUGACAAAUUGAGUCCCUCUGAUCUCUUGCACAUCUGCACUCAAGUCUUUCCUGAGUUCAGCAGGGAAAUGUUAGAAAGAAUGAUCACCUUUACUUUUGAGGUGGACUCCCUUGUUAAGUCUGAUUCAGGUUAUAAACUGUGGGAAUUUAACUUGCGUGAUGUACUGCGGUGGUGCGCUCUAAUGAAGAGACAUAAGGUUCAAGAUCCCAGCCUUUAUGUCCGAAUGCUGUACAGCUCAAGACUAAGACGAACUGAGUUGCAGGAGAAAGUCCAUCAACUAUAUUUGGAUGUCUUCGAGGUGACUGAAGGCUCUGAGCAUAAAUUUCCUGCUGCUUUGGGGCAGUAUUUCCAUGUAUCCAGCGAUACAAUACAGGUGGGAUGUGCUCUGCUUCGAAAACAGAACUUUCACUCUGUGGACAAUGAGAGUGACUCAAUUGCUCCUCUCCACUGUCAAAUGCAACCUCUAGAGGUUCUGGCUCACUGUGUGGAUAUGGGAUGGAUGGCUAUCAUUGUGGGAAAGUGUUGUACUGGGAAGUCAAGUAUAGUGAGGUCGCUGGCUCGUAUGUGUGGCCACAAGCUCUUGGAGCUCCCUGUGACCAGUGUGACCGAUACCACUGAUCUUCUUGGAGGUUUUGAGCAAGUAAAUUUACGAAGACACUGUGUAAAUUUGGCCAGCUUGACUUUGGAUACGACAGAGUGUUUACUGUCUAGUGCCAACAACAACUGUGAACUUCUACAACAACCCACAGUGGAUACUCUCAAAACUAUUGCCAACGAACUUCGCCAUAAUUUUUCACCAGCAGUAUGUGAUGUUAGUGGAGACAAGCAAGUUCUUCUGAGCCAGUGUAAGAAGCUAAAGCUUCUGGUUAAAACUAUUCAGCGUUUGACAAAGUCCACCGAUGUCUGUUUGCUCCAUGACAUGAGCGACGUUUUGUUCAAUUUGGAAUCUCUUCGUAAAAAAAUCAGUGGCUCUGAGUCUUCUGGACAAUUUGAGUGGGUGGAUAGUGUUCUAGUUGAAGCUGUCAAGUAUGGUCACUGGCUGCUAAUCUCGCAUGCAAACUUUUGCAGUCCUUCUGUGCUGGAUCGGUUGAACGCUCUCCUUGAGCCUGGGGGUGUUCUGUGUCUGGAUGAAAAGGGAAUGAUAGGUGACAGUGAGCCUUUGAUUCAACCUCAUUCUGACUUCAGACUUUUCCUUACAAUGGACCCCUGUCACGGAGAAAUAUCACGUGCAAUGAGAAACAGAGGAAUUGAAGUUUACAUUCAUUCUGAGGAGAGCUUGCUUAACAGUGCUAAAUUUUCGGAAGAUUUGAAAACUCUUCUACACUUGAAAACAUCUUUGCAUCCGGGUUCAUCUACUCUCAGUAGACUUCCUACGUGUGUGAUGAAACCACAACAGAUGAUUAGUUUAGUCCGUUGUUCCCUGUUGCUGAAUGAAGGGGAUUGUACAGAUAUCGACGGUUAUUUCUUUGUUGAAGCUCGAAGAAUACUGGGGUUUAGUGAGCUGGAUACAACUGCUGAAUUGAAUGCUGUCUCGAUUUGCCGGCCAAGCUCAUACACAAGUUCUUGGCUCUUUUCCCAGCAUAUUCGCUGUAUAUCUAAUCGAGAUUUUUCUGUUCUACUGAGCACAUGCCUGGAAGACAGCACUACUGUUGCUGUGAAUGCUGCGCUGGAGGUAUUUGUGUGUAGCUCUUCUUCAGCUGAAGCAUGCUACAGAGUGCAGCUUCUUCAAACUUUGAGUAAAGUGCUCUGGAACAGUGCUUACCACAGUAUUGUGUUAGCCUGGAUGAAAGUUCUAAACAGAGCUGUGUCAACUCGGCCCUCAUCACCAACAACUCUCUUCAACGGAAUCAAAAUUUUACAUCUGUACCCUACCAGCAAUCCCUUGUUGUCCCUAAUGGAAAAAGAUCUUGAUCUUCCCCUCGCAAUGUUGCCAGUGUCAGCGGAGUUGAUUGUGUUGAAGGCAAGUGUAGAGAACCACAACAAGGAAGCUUCUAAUAUGUCUUCAAGAUCUAUCCUGCAAUUGUCUCGCGGAGUCUAUUAUGGUUCUCUGAUCAAGGAAAGUCUGCCACAUGCAAGUUUAAUGUACUUGCAACCAUUUGUUGAACAAGUAUUGAUAGUUGUGAGUGAUCUAUGGCUCAAUGACGAAAAUCUGGUUACAGCGGAACAACUUCUGACAGUUCACAAUUUCACUGAUUGGCUGGCUGUUUUGUUUGUCAUGUGCUCCACGCCUCAGUCAUCACUUCCAGAUCUUAUAAGCAGCUGGGCUUUGUUCAGAUCUGAAGGACUGUCUCUGAUGAUGCCUCAGCUGGAAUCACACUGCAAUUGGAAGACACUGAGCACCCUGCUUGAAAACUUAAAACCUCUGGAAGACUGCAUCAAAGGGUCAAAGAUAUACAGUGUUUGCCGUACCAAUCUGUUUGGUGUGGCAGUGGGUCACUCUUCUAUUCCCGGUAAUGUUAUGCAAGAAGACUGUGAGAUAAGAGCCUCCUCAUCUCCAACUGAAGUUUUUGCCAUGCAUCCUCCAGUUGUAGCUGAAUUGCGGUUGAACAAUAUUCAAGGAUCCGACAUGAAAUUCAAAUAUAGAGGCAUAGUAGCUCGAAACAACAACAAAGUUGCUGGACGUUUCAUUCCACUAAAGCCUGUGCUCAUGUUUUUGAAGUCUUUGAUUGUUAAGUUGAUGCAGAAGUUGCAAGUAUCAAGAGAUGAUGUCUUUGCAUGCUUGAAGUACUGCUUGAGGCUGGAUUCGAUUUCUCUAGAAUAUUUGCAACCAUUGGCUCACUUUUGCUUGCGAAAUACUGCUAAUGACCUUAUUUUUGUGCAGACUGGAGGAAUUUUUUGCAAUACGGUGCGAAAUCUGUUCAAUGUGUUCUUCAUUCCUGUUGAACCAUCAGAACAGUUCCUGUCAGAAGGAAGCUUCCUGACUGAAAUGUGUUUCAGUUUUUUCACCAGCAACAUAUCUCGAGGGUCUCUGUCCACAAUCUCCUUAAAGAACCUACAUGCUACAAGGGAUGAGAUGAACAAUAUUCUGCAUUUCUUGUGGCUUCAUGAGAAUUCUACCGUUUUUUGUCCUGUGUCAAAUCUGAAACUCACUUCUAAGUUGAUACGAUCUUUACUUGAUGCCCUUGUACAAACUGUUCAAAUAACUUCAACUCUCAUCCACGAUGAUGAACAUUCACCUGUCAUUCAUGAGCCAAUAGAAUUCAUCAACGAAAAAAAAUUGCUUGAUAUUUGUGCAAAAGCUGCUCAAUCAUUUAGUGGACACCUCAAAGACUACGGAGUUAUUGAAAAAUGUUUUCUAAAUGUAUUCCAUCUUAUUCGGAAGGUAGAAGACACUGUGAACUCUCAGGAACAUUGGCAUGUAGUUGCACAUGAACUUGACUUGCUGAUUAAUCUUUUCCUUGCGAUGGCAUACCUGGGUGUUGCAUAUUCUGUUCUACUUACUCCAUCUUUCCUUGAUCCCAUUGCAAUGCAGGCCGCACAAAAAGAUUGCCAUCAAGCUGUGGUGCAUAGAAGUCGAAGUUUGAUGAAGUGCUGGGACCAGUAUUUAUGUCGUAUGGUUGGUCCAACGUUCGAAACUAUCAACUCCCAUCGAUCUGCUGUGCCACCGCUGUUGAGUCAACUGUGUAGAAGACUGACUGUUCAGACGAACGAUGCCAAUAAAUGUCAGUUUACAGGAGUGAGAGACAAUAAAAAGUACUCUGAACUUCAUCAAGUGACCUGUGACAUACAAGAGACACUGUGUUCACCUUUGCAAGUCUUUAGUAUGCUUGAAGGGAACGACACUUCUAAAAUGAUGCUUGCUAAAAUUAACUCGUGGGAAAAAGCAAUGAUUGGGGCUAUACAAAAACUAAUGGCCGAGUACAGCGACCUGUCAGAUGUGGUUGACCCUUAUUCUAUGGCUCUAACACUUAUUGUUCAGGGCGUGAAGUCUAUGUCGGUUAUAAAGGCGCACCAGCAGACUUUUAAGGUAUGUCAGCUGGACAAGGUUCAGCAUGUACUGCAGUAUCCUAUGAAUGUCGAGUUUGAGUCUCGGUUAAGCUGGUUGCAAAGCCUCAUAUCUCUACUAACAUCACAUGGGAUGGACAACUCUACGGAAAUAGAUGUAGCUCUUCGUCAGAAGUUGCUCAAUUUAGUAUUGUCUGCCUGUAAGGACUAUCUAAAACAUUCUCACCGAAAAAACGAACAACUCAGACAUUCUAUCUUGAAGUUGCUGAAAUACUUUUGGGGUUUAUGGAAAAAUGCACAGCAACAAGCUCAGAUUAAAGCAAUGGAAGCAGAAUCACUGUAUAAAAUAAAAGAACACGAAAUUCAAAAGUUUGACGAUGACAAUGAUGAUAAACUGCUUAAGGAGCAAUUUCCAUCUUAUGAUUACUUAUUUUCUGAUGAAGCUGUAGUGGAACAAACUAGUUCUGUCCUUUCUGAUUCGGGACAGUCAGAGUCAGUGGCACUCCAUGACGCUGACAUUGUUAGCGUCUGUGCUCUUCAUAUGCUUUUGCAUGGUAGAGAAACAUUGCCUCAGUCUGAUUAUUCUCAAUCCCCUGCAAUUCAAUUGUAUGAGGUAUGCAGUCUUCUUCACUCACGACUCGGUUUGAUUCCAGGACUUGGAACAGACUUUUUUCUUCAUGGUGCCCACAUCAGAAUGUUUGCAUUACGAAAGAGUGUGGUCGUAAAGACAGACUCCAGUCACAUUAAUGUCUACAAGGAAGGAAGUGUUGCUGAAGCUGAGAAAUCAUUGCCAGUCAUAGAAAUGAUACUAACUCGAAUCAGUGAAUUGCUUCAAGAUUGGCCAGAGAACCCCAUAUUAGUUCAGGUUGCAAGUGUAUGUGAAAAGGUUUUGUCAAUGAGCGUUGAAGAGCCCCUAAUGAAGCUGUUGAGUGGGUAUGAGUGUAUACUAUCUAAAGCGCAGGAAUGGGAGGCGUAUGCUAGCACUGGAGUGUCCCUAAAGUCUGAGCUAGAUAGGCUGGUGGAGAUUGUCCUAGAGUGGAGAAGAAUUGAAUUGAGCUACUAUGAGAGGCUCCUUGAGUCUUACAAGAGAGAGCUAGAUUCAGGCGUUUCACGUUGGUGGUUUCACCUAUAUGGCCUUUGUCAGGAGGCACCAGAUGAUGAUUUGGAUGGCUUUACUAUAACUCUCCAGUCGUUUGUAGAAAAGUCAUCACUAGGGGAAUUCUGCAGCAGACUUCUACUUGUCAGUACAUUUCGAGCGGAUAUGCUUGUGAAAGGGCGGUAUUCUGUCUCAGAUGUGUUAGGCAAUGUGCAUCAGUACUACAGUCAGUUUUCAGCACAUGUACUUUCUGCUAUGGAAAAACUUACAUCUGUGGUUGUAAAGGAUUUUAAGAAUCAAUUGCAAGUAAUGAGGUGGAAUGAUGGCUCUUACUGGUCGGUGAAGUCGUCAAUUCGGAGCAGUCACAAAAAAUUACUUACUCUGAUGAAAAAUUAUCAGGAAAUUUUGACUGAACCAGUGCUGCCUGUUCUUACGGAAGUUUCUCUACCAACUGAAGGUAGUCUAUCGACAGAAAACAAGUUUUCAUUAGUUAAUCUGAUUGACAACGCUGUUGAGCCCAAGACAAUUUUUGUGAAAAGUUUUGAUAAUAUUGAAGGCCAGAUUUUGUACAAGGAAGAAGAACUUAUAAUAAAUGCUGAUACUGCUUUGAAGAGAAUGUCAAGUAUUAUUUGCAAGCUUCGUAACAGCUUUAGCACAGACUGUGUUAAGCGAAUUGAUGAUUUCACAGGUGAAAUUAUAGUUACUGUAGAAGAUCUCGCGUCUAAUCACUUCCUGGAAAAUGUGGAAGAAGAAAAACGUGAAGCUACGAUAAAAGCAAGACAGUCUCUGAAACGUAAAAUGCUUAGUGAUUUGUUCAAAACACUGUCGACUGAAGGCCUGUCUUUCAAGAAAGGUCUUGACUCCUCUUCGAAUUUCACUGUUAAAAAGAUUAUGCAGCUGCCAUUUGAAGAUUGUGCAGAGUUUCCAGCUGCAGGCUUUUUAUGGAACAAAAUGAAUGAGUAUUAUGAACGGUGCAUUGCUAGGCUCAUGGUCGUACAAAAUGCGUUCACUAGUCCUUCCAAGGAUUUAAAUUUGCCCCAAGUUCAGAGAUGUAAGGGGCUUACUCAUGACCUGUUAACUUUAAUUCUGAGUCACCGGAUUCAACUUAUGAAGGCUCUUAGAGAUUACAAGAAAUUGAUAAACGCUGUAGCUGUUGUCCAGUCUAUGUGUUCUGGCAAAACAAGUGCCUCAUUUUGUGAUUAUCAAGACUGGACGAAGUGUUUGUGUGACAUGCUUGAGCUGUGUCUGUACCUGAUACAAUGUGUCGAUUACCUAUCAAACACAGCUCCCUCUGAACUGGAUGCCACACUUACACCACUUUCUCUUUCGUCUCUCAAUCUUAAUAUUCAAUCUAGGGCUGAUUUGUUCGUCAAUGAUCUAAAGUCCGUUGGGGGUGAUAUUCAGGAGGCGUAUGAUGAUGCUGUUAAGCGGGAGCUUUAUUUAUCAUCUUGUCAUGUGAAUGUAGUUUCCAAGGGUGAUAUUAAAGCCCUUCAGAAUGGUUUCUCCUACCUAAAGAAGUUUUCAGAUAUUUUGUCGGCUAUUCAAGCUAAAGCUUCAACCAUUAGGUCGCCUAUUUUCUUCUUUCUUGAGACGUAUGAGAAGUUUUUUGACAGUAAAUGGACUCUGUUUACUGAGUGGAUGUCUUCUGUACAUGAGAGUAAAUUUAACCAAGAAAGCAGUGAAAAUCAUAAUGUGUUCAAGGUGAUCCUGGUUACUUUCCAGAAACUCUCGUCUUCUAUAGACCAUGAAGAAGCCACACUAAAAUCUGUAACAACGAAAAGCAUAGCAGGUGUUGAGGGCCUUAACAUAACUCAGGUUAAGUCUGAAGUGUCGAACUUUCUUCUAGCCUAUUCUACUGAGAGUACAAAGCUAUCUACUGGUCAAAUGGAAAUUCUGUGCUCCGCGCUUAAUUGCUACCUGCAAUUGUGUCAAGAUUGCCUUAUUCGAUCGAUUAGUAUUCAAGCAUCAGUGUGUAAGCUAUCGAGCAUUCUGUUCAAUCUCUUUGCUACACUCGGCUCUAAGGGGUUUUGCAAACCUGUUCAAGAGACAGAUGUUAACUUUUCCAACAAAACUGACUCCAUUGAUAUCGAAGCUGGUGGUUUUGCUGACGGAACUGGAGAGAAGAACGUUUCGUCAGAGACAGAAAAAGAUAACAUGGAGCCAGGGAAGUCGGAGGACAAUCUCGAAAACAGUACCAAACGAGCCCAGGAGGAUGAGGAUGCCAUCAGUGUCAAUGACGAUAUUUUGAAUGAUGAACUAAAAAAUAUCAGUGACAAAGAGGAAGAGACGGAUGACAAUGAUGAUGAUGAUGUCGAAGAGCUGGGUAACACAAUGGGAGAGCUUGAUCCAGAAGACUCUCCAGACGACCUUAACAAAGACAUGUGGGCUCCAGAAUCUGAUAAUCUUGAGGAAUUGGCAUAUCAGCCUGAUGCAAAAGGUGGCACUGAAAAUAAUGAAGAGACUUCCAUUGUGGCCAAACAAGAUAUGGUAGAUGAAGCUACAUCAGAACUAACUGACCCAUAUGAUGAUAGUCUUCAAGUCGAAACAGAAUCUGAUCACACUGCUUUGCCUGAAGAACUUGAUAACUUAGAAGAUGAUAUGGAUGACCUAGACAGUGGGGAUAUGGACGGAAUUCAACACUCAAUCUCUGAUGGUGAAAGUAGUGAGACUGAGAACAGAAAGGAGAACGCAGAAGACAUGCUCUCUGAUGGAGAAGAUGGUGGCAAUAGUGUUGAAGAUUCUACCAUUCUGUCAAUUCCAACAAGUUCUACUUUCGCUUCAUCAGGACAAGCACUUGAUAAUGAACCAGCCAAAGACUCAUCUAGUACACAGGAAAAUGAAGCUAAUACAUUAUGUGUAGGAAAUUUUUCAGUGUCUACUUCUCAGUCGAAAGAUUUGCCUGAAGUAGGUGCUGUUAAGGAUUCUCAUCAGAAUGAUCAUGGAACUCGCCGUCGAAGAGCUCCUACAGAUCAAGGUCGUGUAUUAGAUGACGAUCUAGAGGCCACUGCCAAGAGGGCAAGGCUAGUUAACCAGGAAGAUAGCGUUGCUGAUGUAUCAAAUCCUGAGGAUACUCUAUUGUAUCGACAUACAAACGAGGCUGAGAGUGUAAUUGCUGACAGUAUCGUUUGGGAUUGGUCAGCAAGUCGUGGCGGGCAGUCUUCUUAUCCUAAUACAGAGGAUGUGAUGGAGGAGAACACUGACUGUGACUUGAUGGAAUGCACUGAAGCAACUGACACAACUGGAUGUGUUAGUAGAAAUUCUCAGGCCACUUUCGAAAAGGAAAACAAGUUAGAAGUAAUCAAUGAGCAUGUUAGUGAUGACAAACAGCCCAAGUAUCCUUCAUCAGAAAGCUUUUUUUCGAAGCUUAAAAAGAAGUACCAAUCUGAACAAGAACAUAUUGCUGUCAUCAGGGAGGAUAUGGUAUCAGCAGUGACCAGCAUUCAGUCGGAGGAUAUGGACUCUAUACGAACUUCUAUCACUUUGUGGAGACAGUACUCUUCGUUCACUCAUAACCUUGCUCAAACUCUGUAUGAGGAGUUGUCGUUAAUACUAACACCCACCUCAGCUUCACAACUCAGGGGAGAUUAUCGUUCUGGAAAGCGACUAAACAUGAGAAGAAUAAUUCCGUUCAUAGCUAGCAAUUAUCAAAAUGAUAGAAUUUGGUUACGACGGACAAAAUUGGUUGAUCGUCGCUACCAAGUGAUGGUUACAGUAGACGAUUCUUCUAGUAUGCAAGAGAACAACUGUCGUCAGAUGGCAUACGAGUCACUUGCUGUCAUUAUAUCAGCCGUCACUCGUUUAACAAAUGGUCAGAUAGGAGUGUGCAGAUUUGGCUUGAAUUCUGAAAUGCUACAUUCUAUGGAGCAAACAUUUACUGAUGAAGAUGGUGGAAAUCUGUUACAUCAUUUAACUUUCAAACAAAAGGGCACAUCUUUUAAAGAGAUGCUUCGAACAGUGAAAUCGGUAUUUGUUCAGUAUGCUCAACAGCCUUCCACACUGGUCUUGCAAUCAAUAGUUUUCAGCCGCUUACUCAUCAUUUUAUCAGAUGGGAGAGGAGUAUUCAGUGAUGGAGGAGUGGUAAUUGACAUGGCCUUGCGGCGACUGACAGAAUGUGGUAUCUUUACAGUUUUUAUUAUUUUGGACACACAAGCUCAGGAUUCAAUAUCAGACAUCAAAGUUCCAAUGUUCUCGUCUGAGAAGGGUCCUGUCAUUGCUUCGUACCUGGAGGUAUUUCCUUUUCCAUUCUACAUCAUACUUCGAGACUUACAAAAGAUGCCACAUGUACUUGGACAAGCGUUAAGACAAUGGCUAGAGAUGUUGACAAGCUCAUCAUAAUUAUUUAUUAUGUUUAACCAGCGUCAUACAAUAAAUUAUACAUGUGGACAUAAUUAUAUUAAUGUGUUAUUCGCCUUGAGUAGGCACGGUA